UGACAUGACAGAUAUUUAUUAACUUUCCCUGUAUCGUCCUGCAGAGAGUCGUGUUGUGAUCUUGUUGGUGUGCCUUACACGCAAUCAACAGUGUCACUGUGACCCACGACGAUGACCCGCGGAGUGAUGACUGCCAUUGUCAUGUCCCCUCGAGGACAUUGUAUUUCCCCCUCCCACUCAUCCACAAGAGGAAAGUUACAGACGGAAGGAGAGGGGUAGGGGGGCAUAUCCCCAGGACAAAGGACAUUAAUAUGCUUCUGUUUAACACAAAUGACAAAUUUAUCUCCAUUUCUUAAGAUGAUUGGACAACAGAGGUGAAUAUUGUAUGAGAUCCAUCUCGCAAACAGACUGACACAGAUGUCUCCCACACUAACAAGCUCCUGCCGGAUGAGCCCUUCGAACAGAAAUAACGACAAUGUUUUUUGUGAAGGAACAUAUUCCUCAACUCUACCUCUCUCAGUUGUGCAUACCGGUGUGAAUCUUGGAAAAGAAUAACUGAGUGAUUUGGAUGAAGAUGCCGAGCCAGGCGUUGUUGAAACACAUGCAGUGGUUGUUGUUGCUGUGUGCCGUUACCAUUCCUGGCGCCAGUGCAGUAGACUCUGUGACUCCAAGACUUCCUGGGAAUGAUUCAACUCUUGGAACCCUACAGGAGCACCCUAAUUAUGGGGACAAAACUAGUUCUCACGGAACUGGCGAUACAAAUAUAACUAUGAAUAUCAGUGAACCUGAUAAUAUGUUUUUUCCUGUCACCAUGGAAACAAGUAAUAAGAACCAUCAUAGAGAUAUGAUUAUUCAAAAACAAGACAAGAGGCAAGAGGAGAGCAGAACAGUAUCUCUAGGCGACGUCUCUGCAUCAAAGACAUACGAUAUAAUAUCCUGGCUUCCGAAACCCCCGGACAAGAAGUCCAUGGUUAAUCUGACCAUCCUGCCAAUACUGGCCAUGCUUGCUUUCCUCAUCGGUCUCUGUCUCAAGGGAUGUACAUGGUUUCGGGAAAGUUUGAAGGAGAGUGACCGAGAUUCUAUGGAGGAUGACCGAAGUUUUAUCAUAUUACAAGAAGGCGAUGAGGAGUACCAUGACGUGGACUUCCGUUCCAACCUAUCGACACCCUACGACACCUAUAGCUCAUAUAUGUCUUUCUUGAAAAGAAAUAACAACGACACUGUGACCUCGUUUCGAUCACUCCAGAACCAGCCGUAUGACACGGUGACCUCGUACAGGUCUCUAAUGCUGCAACAUCUAAACAGCCACAACAAUGACAGCGUCAACUCCUACCGCGCCUUAAUGCAGCGGAUGUCCCAGAUGAAAGAUGUGGAGGUUCAAGUGGAACUCCUGGACGAAAAACCUAAAGACACCGAUCAGAGGAGUGGCGUACGCAGCUUGCGAUCAAGCCACCGUUCCAAGAGCACGAGCCCGAAGCUCAAACGUAAAUACGGCCAUGGGGAAAGUGGAUUAGAGGAUGUGGUAGAAAGCACCGAUUGUGUUCAGAAACGUGGUCUCAAUGAAAAUGGUGAUGUGUUUACUGUUUCUAAAGUUGCCACAGCGAAUGGAAUAAAGCGUCACUACGACAAGAGCCCCAAUAGACACACUACAAACAGGAGUCCAACUGUGCAACAAAUUGAGAGGAGUCCUGUUCGUCGCCUUGACAACAGUCCUGUUCGUCACCUUGACAACAGUCCCGUGAGACAUGAUGGUGGCAGAAUCAGCCCCAAGUCGUCCAAAGUCCCGCGAUUUAAAGUUUCGUUUGUGACAGAUGAUGAGGAAAUGGCUCGGAUCAAAGCUGACAAUGUUCACAGUCCGCUUCAGGUAGACGGCAAGUUGAGUCCCACCACGAUCAAGCUGCAUCUUGAAUAUCGAUCGUGUGACACUCAGCGCGACAUGGAGGGACGGCAGAUGGUUCAUCAGUGUUCAGGGCACCAUACGAACAUUCCGUAACAAGGAUUAUUCAACUGUUGUACGAUUUGUAAUUGAACGGAUUUACUAUGCAAUCUUGCAUGCUUGAAGUGUGUGUUAGAUCAUGCUUGCAUUAUGAUAAAUUUGAGGUUAAAAAAAAUAUUUUUCUUGAUUUAAAGUUGAUAUUGCUACAUAGAGAAUUUCACCCUUGUGUCUUUUGAUAUCAAAUAUAUCAACACAAGUUGAUAACAGUGGAAAAACUCUGAGGCUAUCAAAUGACACAAGGAUGAGAUUUUAUUUAUCAUCCAGUAUCAUUCUUAAAUUGAAAUACGUAACAAAAGAAAGCGAUAUCUCCUGUGGGAGCCAGUAUUGGAUGAUAAAUUAUGAAGGUCACUCCUUCACCUCACAAAUAUAUGGCCAUACUUUUUUCUCUUGGUUUAUGGAUACAUUAACUCUUUUAUUAUAUCUGAAAAUAACAUCUAAAAAAUAUUCCACUUGAUGCUAACUUCAGUGUUCGUCACACAUACUAUACUCACCGCCAAAAGAAACGCGGACCAUUGAAACAUAUAGAGAAGUAUGUACGUUAAGAAGAGAUGUUUCCAGUGUGUAGCACUUAAUGACAAAACUAACAAUCAGUCAAGUGUUACCA